UUUUGUGCGAACCUGAACAGGAAAUGGGUCACGACCGCCAACACGUCGUCGAAAAAUUUCGAAAUUCACUUGUAGUAUAUAAGACAACGAAUGGCAGUUGGAUAGACACAUUCAAUCGCAGCACUUUGCCACGUUCCCAACAUCAAAAUGAAAUACACACUUGUUUUCACUGCUCUUAUUGCGGCCGUUUGCGCUUCGCCAUUGGGUUCGAGUUCUGAUCCCACUGCUGCCGAUGCGCCAUCGAUCGAACCCAUCACAACUACCCCGAUCCCCAUUUUGAAACAAGAACUGUCUGUAGAGAACGGAGCAUUCGUCAACAACUUCGAGACUGGACACGGCAUCGUCGUCAAUGAGAGUGGCAAUCAGAAGCAAAUCGGUACAGGUAGUGGCACGGUGUCUAGUGGCUCUUUCUCGUUUACUAAUCCGGAAGGAGCUGUCAUUACCGUUACGUGGAUCGCUAAUGAGAACGGAUUCCAGGCCACCGGUGAUCACUUGCCUACUCCUCCACCUACUCCCGAACACGUCGUGAAGAUGCUGGCAGACAUGGAGGCUGCUGUGGACGCCAUUUCCAUUGCCACUGAGAAGCCUGUCAGUGCUGUUGUUGUUGCCGAGGGAAAUCUGGUGGAAGCUUCCCAAGAUCCUGUUCCAGCUGCAAGUUCUCCAGCUCAAGAUUCUAUGGUUGAUGCUGCUCCGGCUGAACCUUCUGCUGAUGCAGCUGUUCCAGCUGAAGCUGCCCCAGUAGAAGCUGCUCCAGCUAUAAGCAGUCCGGCCGAAACUGUUCCAGUUCAAAACUCUCUGGAUGAUUCUGUUCCAGCUGAAGAUACUCCUGUUGCGUCUGCUCCAGUAGAAUCAGCUGCAACUGCCUUGUAGAUACACGAAACUCUUCCGUUGAUUGAAUAUCCACGGGUUUUGCCAAGUUUCUGGAACUGCCUCGGCUUGCCUCUUGAUUGUCUAUUUGUAUCAUAACGCUCACAUGUAGUCUACAUUGUUUCGAAUUGCUAACGUAAUACACGGUUUUAUGUUUAUGAUUGAAAA